AUGAGCCCGGGGCGCGGGAAGUAUGACUUCUGCAUCGGCCUGGGGCUGGCUAUGAGCUCCAGCAUCUUCAUUGGAGGGAGCUUCAUUUUGAAAAAGAAAGGCCUUCUGCGACUGGCCCGCAAAGGCUCCAUGAGAGCAGGUCAAGGUGGCCAUGCAUAUCUUAAAGAGUGGCUGUGGUGGGCUGGACUGCUCUCAAUGGGAGCCGGUGAGGUGGCCAACUUUGCCGCAUACGCCUUUGCCCCAGCCACCCUCGUGACUCCGCUGGGAGCGCUCAGCGUCCUCGUCAGUGCCAUUCUUUCUUCCUACUUCCUCAAUGAAAGGCUGAAUCUUCACGGGAAGAUUGGGUGCUUGCUGAGCAUUCUGGGCUCCACAGUAAUGGUUAUUCACGCGCCAAAGGAAGAGGAGAUCGAGACUUUAGACGAGAUGUCACACAAGCUCGGGGAUCCAGGUUUUGUGGUCUUCGCAACCCUUGUGGUCAUUGUGUCCCUGAUACUGAUCUUCGUGGUGGGACCCCGCCACGGACAGACGAACAUUCUCGUGUACAUCACCAUCUGCUCUGUGAUCGGAGCAUUUUCCGUCUCCUGCGUGAAGGGCCUGGGCAUUGCGAUCAAGGAGCUGUUUGCUGGCCAGCCUGUGCUGCAACACCCCCUGGCAUGGGCCCUGCUGCUGAGCCUCCUGGUGUGUGUGAGCACACAGAUCAACUACCUGAACAGGGCUCUGGACAUAUUCAACACCUCCCUCGUGACCCCCAUCUACUACGUCUUCUUCACCACCUCUGUGCUCACCUGCUCGGCGAUUCUCUUUAAGGAGUGGCAGGACAUGCCUGUGGAUGACAUCAUCGGCACCUUGAGUGGCUUCUGCACUAUCAUUGUGGGGAUAUUUCUGUUGCACGCCUUCAAAGACGUCAGCUUUAGUCUAGCAAGCCUUCCCGUGUCCUUCCGAAAAGAUGAAAAAGCGAUGAACGGCAAUCUCACUAAUAUGUACGAAGUUCUUAGUAACGAAGAAAGUUUAACAUGUGGGAUUGAUCAGCACACUGCAGAGAAUGUCUCUCGAAGAAAUGGAAAUCUGACAGCUUUUUAA